AUGCUUUCAGAUAUGCUUCUACACAUCGCUGUUAGGUUGCUUUGCCGGGAUAAUUUCCAUAUCACUCACCAUGCUGGGACCAACAUUAAGAGCAUCCUCAAACUGAAUGGCCUCUGCGAAAUCCACGCAGAUCCUUUCCUCGUGGCCCCAGAUAACUCGACCCAUCGGUGGUUCAACGUGUGGAAGGAGGAAAGCGAGAUACCGCCAGAAGAUUUGAGCAGCUUCAUGCCGUGCGAUUCGGACGGAUUUGUCAGCGUGGUUUCCUUGCGGGAUCCGAUUGAGCGAACUUUUGCUGGUGAUGGUAUGUGGAAGACAUUCGCCAAUGGUACCAACAUGGACAUGUGCAGUUCAGAUAAUUAUGGUUUGCGUAAACUUAUAGAUAAGCCGUUACCCGCAAAUUUGUCAUGGGAAGAUGUAGAGUUUGCGAAACGACGCUUGGCGUCAUUCGAUUUGAUUAUUGAUCAGGGCAACUAUGCGACUUCUAUGAAGUUGCUCUGCGCUGAGCUUGGGCUUUCAUAUUGCGGGGUCGCCCAGAAAGUCCACAGAUACCCGAGUGAGUAUCUACCCGAUGACAUAUUCAAAAAACUCAGGCAUCGGGUCGGCGGAUUUGAAUUGGCGAUGUAUGAAUACGGGCAGGAGCUUUCCAGGGACAUGAUCCGUUCGAGCCAGCUUGCUGGGCGUUGGCCUGCAAAUGCAACUCUCAAGUCCCUGCAACGGGCUGCGAGCCAGCUUGCUGGGCGAAUGCCAGCAGACGCUAACGAGGGUCAGUUGUUGCGAUAUGCUUUGAACUCUUGCCCGAGAAAGGGUAAGCACCACCCGCGCCGCGCGUGGGUAUGCCCGAGCCAGUGGCCGGCCCACGACUGA